AUGCCCAAACAUAACCGGAACGACCGUCCUCAUCUCUGCGUCGACUGCCUCCAGACCUUUAAACGAAACCACGAUCUCGAUCGGCAUUGGCUAGCGAAACAUGCCUCGGAGGAAGAAAAGGCGUCGCGGCAAGACCUGGUGGUUACUGAGCUACAUUUGAACAGAUCAUGGUACUGCCUAUGUGGGCUCAGCGGCAUACAGUGGACCAACGUUGCUUCGCACAUCCGUACCCAGUGGGCUCUCUUCAGUGACGCUCCCUACACGUUAACUGACCAUCCUAUCUCCAGCACGGGGGAGAAAAUUAGAUGCAAGGACUGCCCCUUCGAGGCGACGAGCAACGCAAACAUGACGAGACACCGCCAGGGCAAACUCCCCGACUACCCCUGCUCGUCGCGCAAGAAAACAAAGGGCAAAAAUUCCCGCAUCGCACCCUCCAGCCCUAUCGACGAUGACGACGCCGUUAGUUCUUCCGGCUUCUCUGGCAUUGUACCAUUAACGGCUGAGGAGUAUGCGCGCUUCUUAUCCCUGAUGCGCAGCGCUGAGGAGGACGCUUCACCGACCCCUCCUAGUCGCCCGGCCACACCUGGCCUUGGCAACCCUUACCCAGUCAUUCCUCGCUUACCCACACCGUCGCCCCCUCCUGAAGCAUUCCUCCCAAUCCCGGAGGAGUACCGUCUACCCCCGUUGAUUAAUGUCAACCGUCAUGACCUUGUGGCCGCCAGCGUCCCUAGCACGUCAGGCUCCCCCUGCCGCCGCGCGCACCACUGA